GCAAAAUAGAACGGCACUGAGUUUUGUUAACAUACAGUUUAAAAAAAAAAGUUUUCGUUUGCAAACAGACAAGCUCAUUAGUAUUUCCACUGCCAGAUGAAUUAAAAAGUCCACGCUUCAGUGGUGGUGUUUAUGGGUGGGGGGUGGCAGGCGUUAGCUGUUAGCUUCGGGGUUAACCACACUGAUGCUAAGGAAGUGUAGCCUUGUUUACAGGAAGUAGUAGCAUAUAGUAAAAGUGAAACAGAUUACAACGUCGCUGCAUUCAAAAGCGUCAAAUACAUGUAAACGUGAGAGUUAUUAUAAAUAUAUAUGUUGAUUUUAGAGAAUAAAUAGAUUAAUGAUGUGCAGGCAGUUAGAAUAUUAGGUCCGUCCGGUUCGCGAACAAGUAGCAAUACUCUUGUCAACUUUUACUUCUUAUUUCCGUGUGACGGUUUAAUAGUUCGUUUUUUUUAUUAUGUAUCUGUGCUCCAUGUUGGAAGAAAAUGCAUAUUAGUGGGAACUACCACUGCGUCGCGACACCUGUUGUUUCUUUGAAGUCCUGCCCUGAGACAUGGAUUUCCUCACUUUGUUUGCCAUCUACGUUGCUGUGGUGCUGACGUGCAUCGUCCUAGUCUGCAAAUAUUCCGGACAGAAGCAAACUCCUUUGAAUAUUUUCCUCAGCUGCACAGCAAAGGUUUUUGCACCAAUUACUCCAAAAUGGCUCCAGCGGUUUUCACAAUGGACAAUGCACAGAUUAUUUCAUCAAAGGAACAACACGUUCAUCUACCUGCAGAUCCUGCUGGAGGCUGCUGUGUAUGCAGAGUUCACCUACGAAGUUUUUGGUUUCUGCAGAGAUAUGGACACCACCCUGACCAGCCUGUCUGUACCUUACAUCCUGCUCGCUGUGAAAACUGUCUUCUUCUACCUCUGCAUCAAGAAAGAUCCAGGCACCGUGACCAUGAAGAAUGUAUCCAGCCAGUUGUACUUGUAUCCAUACGACAAGAGGCUGUUUCACCCGGGCGUCACUUGCCCGACCUGUAAGCUUAUCAAACCUGCCCGCUCCAAACACUGUAGUGUGUGCAACAGGUGUGUCCGGCGGUUCGACCACCAUUGCAUCUGGGUGAACAACUGCAUCGGUGGCCAGAACACACGAUACUUCAUGUUGUACUUGUUCAGCAUCUGUGCCAUGGCGGGUGACGUUUCCCUCCUGACAGUCGACAUGUUGCUUCACGCCGUGUUGCGUUCAGGGCUCCUGAGGGCCAGUUAUAUAGACGAGCACGGCCAGCAGCAGCCUGCUGGGCCUGUAUUUAUCAUACAGCAUCUGUUCCUGACCUUCCCCCGCAUCAUCUUCAUGCUGGGCUUUGUGGUCUUUGUCUUCUUCCUGCUGGCCGGUUAUGCCCUGUUCCAUUCCUUCUUGGUCCUCGUCAAUCAGACGUCCAACGAGUGGUACAAAAGUCGAGGUUACUCUUGUCAGCACUGCCGCCCGACUUCGACAGCAGAUCACCUCUGUGGCACAGCGCCGUCGAGAAGGUACUUCUACAGCAGAGGCUUACUCCGAAAUUUGGGGGAGAUUUUUUUUCCUCGCCAACCUUUUCGGAAAAAACACACUUAGGAGCCUGUCAGGUUGCAUCCCUGAUUCAGGACUGCUACUGAGACAAUAAACUUUAUUUCUGACAUUUUCUAUGUAAAACAUGUGUUUGACCAAUAAAUGGCAUGGUUACAAUUCAAC